CUUCUCUCAGCAUUCCUGUUUUCCAUCUCAAAAAAACAUCAAUGGAACUCAAAAAAUUCCUAUCAAUUCACAUUUUAUGUGUGUUAAUUUUUGUGGGUUUCAUUUACUAUGUCACAAUAUUCAUUUUCUUGGAUGGUUGGUUGAGUUUACAGAGCUCAGUUGGCUCAUUGCACGCUUUGAUCUUCACUUUGGUGGCUUCCCUUUGUGUUUUCAGUUUCUUUGUUUGUGUUCUUAAAGACCCAGGUGGAGUUCCUUCUUCAUAUCUUCCUGAUGUUGAAGAUCACGAAGCUUCAGAUCAAGAAUCCAAAAGAUCUGGUUUGCUUAAGAAGCAAUGCGACAAAUGUUCAGCAUACAAGCCUCCCCGAGCUCAUCAUUGUCGUGUCUGCAGAAGGUGUAUUCUGAGGAUGGAUCACCAUUGUGCCUGGAUAAACAAUUGUGUUGGUCAUAGGAACUACAAAGCCUAUGUAACUUUAGUGUUCUAUGCAACUAUUGCUUCAACCUAUUCUUUGAUUAUAUUGAUUAGCAGUGCGCUUCAUAAGGACUGGGAUUUCGAUGAAGUGACUCCUAUCAAGCUAUUUUACAUUGCAACUGGUGUUGUAAUUAUCGGCUUAAGCUUGACACUGGGAACUCUCCUGGGCUGGCAUAUCUACCUCACAAUUCAUAAUAUGACAACUAUUGAGUACUAUGAGGGAAAGCGAGCGGCAUGGUUGGCAAGUAAAUCUGGCCUGAAUUAUCGUCACCUUUAUGAUGUUGGUGCUUGUAAAAAUAUUAGUCUGGUAUUAGGUCCAAAUAUGUUAAAAUGGUUAUGCCCCACUGCGGUAUCCCAUAUAAAAGAUGGACUCAGCUUCCCCACUUCACGUGAAUACUCAUAAUGCGUUCUCGAUCAGAAAACUUUCAGCAGCAAGUGUAAAUCUUAGUCCAAGGUCAUUACUUCAGAGGUCUACCUGUAUCUACUUCCUCUUAUUUUUGGAGCAAAACGUUGAAAAUCGAAGCAACUAACAACAGCAGAUUCAGAUGUCACUAUGAAUUACAAGAAUAUUUGCAGUUUCAACCUUGGUAUGUAUUGCCAUCGACACACAGUAAUCAACUUAGACAUCAUCAAAUGGCAUGUCGGUCAACUGCUGCAUCAUUCAAAACUUUCGGUAUAUGUUUGUCUGUUAAAGAAAUGCAAGAAGUGAACUUUCAGUAUACGUUUAUCUGUUAAAGGAAUGCAAGAAGCGAGAUUGUUGUACAGGAACUUAUGGUCAUUUUGUUACUACAUUUGUUAACUUUAUCCCCUGUAUUCUUUUGGUGGGAUACCAUGUUGCAUGUUAAUAUUGUCUUUUUUGAACGAGGUAGUGAAUUAGAUUAUGGUUGCUGGCA